AUGGAAACUGUUCGCAAUUUCAGAGCAAUUGUUUUGCGUCGAAAUCCAUUCGAAAACAAAUUGGAUUUGCAGAAAGUUUUGAUGCAAAAUCUGGAUUCUAUCAAGUGUCAUCGAUUGGAUAUAGAUGACGUUCUGAUUUGUAAUAGUUUGAUAAUCUUCUGUAUUGUUCCGAAUAUAAAACAAAAAGGGUUGAAUAGACUAUUGAAAUUAUUCAUAUUUGGUGCCAUGCCGAGACUCAAACACCUUCGAUUUGUAUACAUGAAUCGAUUUAGUGGUCCUCUUCAAGAGGAAACCGUAAUGAAAGGAAUCACUUAUACAGUUCAGGAACCGAAUGUCAUCAGAACAUUCAGAGAAUCUCCUGCUUCUGAGGAGAUCAAUAUUAGAGGAGGAUUCGAUUUCCAACGAGCGGAUGGUACGAAGGCAACUGUUAUUUUGUUAGAUGGAGACGCAAAGAGUUUCGAUAUUUUCGUAUGGGAUUGA